CUCGCCACAGCGGGAGACCAGCCUAGCUCUGUCAGCGCCCAACGGGAAGGCGAAAGAGUGAAAGAGGGGACGACGCUGCAGACGUCUGCACCCGCGUCUGUUCCUCUCAGGUAACGGGCACAGAGAGCCCACCAUUAUCGGCAGAUAGCGGCUGGGCGGCCGGCUAUAAAGCAGAGAGGCAGCGAGCGCGGCAAGGCGAGCGAGAUGGCUGCGAUGACGAGGACGUCGGCGCCGCCGGCAGUGGUCGCGCUGUGUCUGUGGCUGUGGCUGCUGGCCCGCGGCGGCGCGGCGGCGCGCUCCUCCUGCUACGCCGACAACACGACGCCCUACCUGCUGCUGGGCUCCAAGACCGCCUACGAGUUCGUCUACGGAAGGCCCACGCCGCAGCAGAUCACCAUACCCUACUGCGAGCCACAGCAAAUAUGGAUCCUGUCACGGCACGGCACCCGCUAUCCCGGUUCGGACGAUUACGACAAGCUGAACAGCCUGGCGAGCUUUCGUGACCAGGUCAUUCGCAAUCACGAAGUAAAUCAUGAAGGUGACCUCUGUGACAAGGAUCUAGAUAAUCUCCGAAACUGGACACUUAAAUUCACUGCUGACAUGGGAGAUGUUCUUACAAAGCAAGGAGAGGAUGAUAUGAGACUGAUGGCACAACGUUUCAAAAACCGUUAUCCAUCCCUUUUUAGUGAAGGCUACAGGCAAGAUUUAUAUGAGUUUCGCUACACCAAUACCCAGAGAACCCAAGCAAGUGCAGAAAAAUUUGCUGAAGGAUUAUUUGGUUCAAGUCAAGGAGUAUAUUUUCCUACCCCUCUGGAAAAUGACACUCUGUUGAAGCCAUAUGACACCUGCAAUGCAUGGAAAACAAUGGUAGAUGAUAACCCUGAUGCAAAAAUUGAACAAACACUGUUUGAAGAGGGGCCAUGGAUGGAGGAAGUGAUAGCUAACGUUAGCAAGAGACUGGGGUUUCGUUAUCAACUGAAAUAUGAUGAUAUAUCUACAAUAUAUGACAUGUGUCGGUAUGACAAAGCAUGGAAUCUGGUUGCAGUUUCUCCUUGGUGUGCAGCAUUUUCUGACAGUGAGUUAAAAGUUAUGGAAUACAAGGAAGACCUCAAGUACUACUACAAAAGUGGAUAUGGCCAUGAUAUAAAUGUUGAACUGGGUUGCACUACUCUUAAAGAUCUCAUGGAUCAUUUUCAAAAUCUUGAGUCUAAUAAAACUAGUGCUAAAGGGGUGUUUUACUUCUCACAUUCAAGUAUGUUGCACAUGAUGCAAUCACGUAUGGGUAUAGCCAAAGACAGUGAACCUCUAACACACGAUGGCUAUAACACAACACAAAAACGGAAAUGGAGAAUUUCUAAGAUUGGAUCAUUUGCAACUAACAUUGCUGCAGUUUUUCUGAAGUGUACUGAAGGAGAUACAUAUCGUGUAAUGUUCUAUGUAGCCGAAAAUGUGGCAGACAUUGAAGGUUGUCAAGUAGGCCUUUGUUCAUGGGAUACUGUGAAAGCAAAAUAUGCUGACAUAGCUGAAAAAUGCAAUCUGGAUUUCUGCAAUAUGAACAGAAGUGGAACAACUGGAAUUCACAGACUCCCAUGGUUUUAUGCAUUGAUAAAUGCAAUUAUAGUCAUUUUGUUGUUGAAGAGGAAUUAAAUAAGAAGACUGUAUCAUUAUGUAACAAUAAAAAUUAAUGUAUAAAAAAAUUACCAUUGUCGUAAUCUGAUGAUCACAGCAUUUUUUCUUCUCAUUACACACUUCACAUCAACAAUCUUAAUUAGCCAUUGAUAGUAUUAAAUGAUGAAAGCUCCAUCAUUGCUGCACGUUGAAAAUCAGUAACACAAUUAGGAAACACAGUUAAUAUGCAAAGCUCCUAAACACACUAAUUAAUUUUAAAUACAGUUAAUAAAUUAAUACAUAUUUAUUUACAUGGAGCUUAUUACAAUAGUGGAUAUAGUCAUUGUCUUACCAACCAGUAACCAUUAAUAGCCAUAGGAAGCUUGAACUAUAGUUAUUAUCUUGAAAAAUUAUCGGCAUUGUUUAGUUCACAGAAUUCUUUUAUAGUGUAAAAUAAGUUACCUGUCAACCAGUUAUAUGUCUUACUUCGAGAUCUUUUAAUGACAAGAACUGAGCAAACUGUGGCAAUUUAUUGCAGAUUUUACAAGAAUUCAGACAGUCCUCAAUUUUUGUGAACCUUUGCCUUGGAAUACAUCUGCCUUCUGUCUGUUGUGGUAGCUAUAUAUUUCUUCUGUGACAAUAGGCUUCAUGCUGUUGUUUUGGGUAAAGACUACACCUAUGCAAAUGUACUUCUUUACAAACAAUCACAACAACAAGUCUGCUAAAAUGAGGGCAUCAGAUCUCACACACUGUUGGAUAGGAUAAAUUAUUCAUCCUUUUAGUACCGUAUUAUAUUUAUGAAUGUAACUGUUGUUUUCAAACUGCGACUGAAUGUUGGCAACAAACUUAAUAAGGGAGUAAAUUUACUGUGAUGUUGAAAGUAUGCCCAACUGUUUAAACCUUCCAUAGAUGAAACAUAUUUUUUAUGUACUUGGAAAAUAAAAUGUCAAAAACUGUCCCCUGUUAUGAUCAAUAAUACAUUUUCAUUACCAAAGAA